AUGAUGUUACUCAGCGAUGCAGUCACCCAGUUUGCACUGGAUAUGUUCCGUCAGUUUGGAAAAUCCAAGGAGGACAAUAUCUUCUUUUCACCUACCAACAUCUUAUCAGCAUUAGGGAUCCUCUUAUUAGGGUCCAGAGGAAACACCAAACUACAAAUUCUGAAGGUCCUUCACCUUACUGACGGCACAGAGAACACAACAGAAAGAGUUCAAGCAGACCACGUUGAAAAGUCAGGAAAUGUGCAUCACCAAUUUCAAAAGCUUCUGGCUGAAUUAAACAAACCCACUAAUGCAUAUGAGCUGAAGAUUACCAGCAGUCUCUAUGUGGAAAAUACUUUUAGAUUUCCUGAGAAGUUUAUAGAUAACAUUAAAAAAUUAGACAUGGUUAGUGUGGAAUCUGUUGAUUUUAUGAAAGCUCCGGAAGAAAGUCGAAAGAAGAUUAAUUCCCAGGUGGAACAUCAAACAAAUGGAAAAAUCAGAGACCUAUUUCCUGAGAACAGUCUUAACGCCGCCACAAUGGUUCUGGCUAACGCAGGUUAUUUCAAAGGCCAGUGGGAGGAGAAAUUUAGGAAGAAAAGAACUACAGAGGAAGAAUUUUGGCUGAACAAGGACACAAGCAAAUCUGAGGAGAUGAUGAAAUGAACAAAGUACUUUAACUUUGCCUUGCUAGAGGAUGUGCAGGCCAAGGCUCUGGAAAUACCAUACAAAGGCAAAGAACUAAGCAGGAUUGUGCUGCUACCAAAUGAGAAAGAUGGUCUGCAGAAGCUUGAAGAUAAACUCACUGCUGAAUGACUGAUAGAAUGGACGAGCUCAAAAAAUAUGAGAAUGACACGGGUGCAUUUAUACUUACCUCGUUUCAGACUAGAAGAGAGCUAUGACCUCCAGGACACGUUGAAAGCCAUGGGUAUGACAGACGCCUUCUCUGCACGGGGUGCUGACCUUUCAGGGAUGACUGGGAGUCGUGGUCUCAUGGUCUCUAAGGUCCUACACAAGUCACUUGUAGAGGUCACGGAGGAGGGAGUGAAGGCUGCAUCUGCCACCAGCAUGGUAAUAAGUGUAACAUCUUCUCCAAUUGAAGAAGAGUUCUGUUGUGAUCACCCCUUCCUAUUCUUCAUCAAGCAAAAUAAGACCAACGACAUCCUCUUCCUUGGCAGAGUCUCUUCCCCUCAGAUGUGA